AGAAAACUUAUUACUAAAUCCAUCCAAGAUCAUUAGAUAUCCAUUAACUUAACUUUAUGCAUUAGCCUCCCAACUUUUGUGUUCGUUUAGUUUGAUCGACAAAGAGAGAGAGUAGAGACUAUGAUGUUUCAACAAGAGUAUCCAUAUGGCUUCUCACUCAUGGAAACAUCAUCAAGCUACAAAGUCUUAGCAGAGCAACAAGCACGUGGUGGUUUCAGUGAAGAACCACCGCGGAAAAGGAGGAGGAGGAGGAGAAUGAGAAGUGAUCACUUGAUAGAAGAGAAAGAGAACCAAAGGAUGAAUCAUAUCGCCGUCGAGCGUAACCGAAGAAGACAGAUGAAUCAUUUUCUAUCCAUUCUCAAAUCUAUGAUGCCUCCCUCUUAUUCUCAACGUAGUGACCAAGCAUCAAUCAUAGAGGGGACAAUUAGAUAUUUAAAGAAGCAAGAACAGCUUCUUCAAUCACUCGAAGCCCAACUAAAACCCAAUCAAUCGACAAACAUAUUCUCCCACUUCUUCAACUUCCCUCAGUACUCCACCGCCUCGAGCCGCCAUCACCACCACGACCGACUAGCGCUGGUUGCUGACGUGGAAGUUACUAUGGUCGAAAUGCAUGCUAACAUUAAAGUGUUAACAAAGACACGCCCAAGAUUGAUGUUCAAGAUGAUUAAUGCGUUUGACUCCUUAGGUUUAAGUAUACUUCAUGUCAACCUCGCAACUUCCAAUAACAAGUCUCUUUUCACUUUUAGCGUCAAGGUAGGUGAAGACUCUCAAUUAAUGACUACAGCUAAUGAGAUGGCAAAUGCAGUGCAUGAAGUCGUUAGAAGAAUUCACAAGGAGGAUUGACCUUUUUGGUAGGCCUAAAGAGGGGAAAAGUAAACGUUGUUUACAUUAACAAACUUUGGAAUUGUAGCUUCUAUAAAGAACUAAAGAUAAUAUAUAUAGAUUAUAUCUCUGGAUUAUAUGGUUAAAUUUACUUACAAAUUGC